UACACACACACACCCACGCGCGCACUUGUGUAGGAUGAGUACAUGAGUGCGUGUCUGUGGCUAUCUUUCUGUGCCGGCUUUUUUCGCACCCCCACUAUUCUCUAAAGACUACGCGGGAGAUCUUUGGGGGCUGUUGUUGUUGUUCGAGCUUCGAUUUUGUGUUGGUGUAUAAUUAUUGAGUGUGUGCAAUCAAUAUCGCUUAUAUCAUACGUGAUCACGCAACUUUUGGAUUUAAGCGGCACUUGCGUCGGCUUGAAGUUUCAGGACAACAGCUGAUUUUCAUGCCAAUAUAAGGUUGAAGGCUCAACACUCAAGGCGACACACAGGACGCACCACGUGGGUCGAGCAAGGGGCGUGCAGCGAUGGACGACAAGAGCUGGGGUGGUCCGGGCUACGCGAGCGCCCUGCUGCAAGGCCUCGAUGCCCUGCGGCGCCGCGGCCUCACCACCGACGUCGUGCUGCUGGCGGGGGGCCGCCAGUUCCCCGCGCACCGCGCCGUGCUCGCGUCCUGCAGCGGCUACUUCUACUCGGCGUUCGUGGAGGGCCGCUGCGGGGACCCCCAGCUCGUGUCGCUGCCGGGCGUCACGUGCGAAGCGCUCGCCGCGCUGCUCGACUUCAUGUACGCGGGCGAGCUGCCCCGGCGCGCCGUGGCCACCGCCGCCGUGUCGCGCGACCUCGUGGCGGCUGCGCGCCACCUCCGUGUCCACGGCGUGGCGCAGGCGUGCGCGCGCCUCCUCAAAGAGAGCUUGUUGGAUCCUCCUGACCUGAAGCCCAGCAAGGAGGACCAGGGGGCGAAUCUCUACGCGCACCACCUGCAGCAAUUCAUCUACUCCCUUCACAACACCACCUCCUCCUCCUCACCCUCCUCCUCAUCAUCAUUAUCAUCGUCAUCGUCAUCCCCGCCAUCAUCCACUCCAUCCCCCUUCUCCGUCUACUCUCACCUGGGCGACCCCUACCAGUUCAACGCCUUCUCCCCGUUCUUCCACCGCGCCGCCGUCGCCGGCUACAAGCUGUCGCCCUUCUGCUACGCGGGGCCUCGGGGUGCCGAGCCGCUGUGGUGGCCCCUGGCGGCCCGCGGGGCCUGCUCCCAGCACCACCAGCAGCAGCAGUGGGACUCGCACACGGCGGUCAAAUCGGAGGGCGCCGACGCCAACGGCGCCCGCUCACCGGCCGGGCCUGUGGGAGAGGCAGAGGAAGGGGACCGCGGUGAGCACGACUUGCAGCGCGUCAUCGACAUGAGCGUGGGUGGGGAGCAGCGGCGCCAGCGGGAGGACACUAUGUCGCCCCGCCGUCAACCCGGCGUGCCCGGCGCCGCCGAAGCCCCAGAGGGCCCGGCCCGGCGGGACGGCGAUGGUGGCGCCGCUCGCGAGCCGAGCGACGGGGCCGGCCAAGCGGCCGCCGUGGCCGGGCAGCAGGAGCGAGCCCCCUGCAGCUACUGGAAGAAGCACAAGCUGAGGAGCUGCAUGGCGCUCAUCUCACGUGAAGACCGCGACGGAAGCGAGGACGCCGGCGGUCGAGACGGGGAAGGCCCCUUGGCGGGGAACGGCGGAGAGGCGCGGGGCGGCACGGGGCGGCAGAGGGACGGAGAGGAGGUGGUGGAGGAGGGGGGUGCGGCACCUUCAGGCGGUGCAAACGGGAGCUGCAGCCCCUACCCGUGCCUCCUGCGCCGGGAGGAGUACGUGUCGACGGCGGCGGCGGCGGUGACAGCGCAGGAGAGGAGAUCGUGCGAGGAGAUGUCGGAGGCCGGCACGGGCCCCCGCGGUGAGCAGAGGGUGUACCGGUGCGACACGUGCGACGCCGAGUUCCGCCACAAGGGGAACCUGACGAGUCACCGUGCCGUGCACACGGGCGAGAAGCCGUACCCCUGCGACGUGUGCGGCGCUCGAUUCAACCGCCCGGCCAACCUCAAGACGCACGCGCGCAUCCACUCGGGCGAGAAACCCUACCGCUGCGACUCGUGCGGAGCACGGUUUGUCCAGGUGGCUCACCUGCGGGCCCACGUGCUGAUCCACACGGGGGAGAAGCCGUACCCGUGCGCGACGUGCGGAACGCGCUUCCGCCACCUGCAAACGCUCAAGAGUCACAUCCGCAUCCACACGGGGGAGAAGCCCUAUCACUGCGAGACGUGCAACGUGCACUUUCGCCACAAGAGCCAGCUGCGGCUGCACAUGCGGCAGAAGCACGGUGCCGUCACCAACACCAAGACGCGCUACGGCCUGCUGCCACCACCACCGCCGCCGCCGUCCUGCAGCCUGCCUCCCGCAUAGGGCAGGGGUCGGCAACCUAUGGCUCCGGAGCCGUAUGCGGCUCUUUACGGGCUGCUUCUUGACGAUAUGUACGUAUGUACAGUAUGUACUCAGAUGCAUUGCGGCUCUUGAAAUACUGAAUUUUGUACCGAAUUGGAAAGAAAUGGCUCUUCUUGUUAUUUUGGUUGCCGACCCCUGGCAUAGGGCAACCGAGCGCACGCGUACACGCACACCAACGACAACAGCAGCAGCAGUUCGCCACGAAGUGGCGGUGACGUCACCAAGGCGCCUGUGCCCUCCGAGGCCAAGUGAACUGUCGAAGGCUCGCUGCUGGCAGGAAGUCACGGGAGAGACUCAGGUGCCAUGGGUUGACUGACUUGAGAUGACUGGCCGAUGCACCAACUGUGCUCCCCCACUGUGUCAACUCGUUGUGUUUUAUCCGCCCGGCGCUGCGCUCGUUGUUGUGAGCGUCGCUCCUCCGACCUCCGUUGUUGCUGGAGUGCGACUGCCUCCAGCUGCCCAGCGGCAUCCUUCACGAACCUCCUCCACAGAGGCCGAUCUUGACACCGCUGGUCCAAGUCAUCGGCAAGUCCAAUCAGCUUCACGCAUCCUGCCGUACCGCAUCAGUCCAUCUCUUUGCCAGCACACACACACGCCCUGGCAUGCACACACGCGUAACACUACCACGGCGACAGCAACAACCGCCGCUCACCACCGAGUGGCGGUGGCAGUCACCAUGGCGCCUGUGCCAGGCCAGGUGCACACCGAGUGUCGAAGGCUCUUCUGCUGCUGGCAGGAGGUCACGGGACAGACCCUGGUGUUUUUGGUUGAUUGACUUACACACACACACAAUAUAGAUAUCGCCUUGUACAGCUUGUUGGGGCAAGUACCCGACGCGGAACACGAGGGGGUGGCGUGGCCAGCACCCCCGCCGGGUGCUAAUUUUAGGCUGAGUCGACCUAGGGGAGGCCCAGGACCGAUUACAGAUACUCGCCGCCGAUAUUGGCCGCGAGCGGGAAUCGAACCCGGGUUGCUGGGUUAAUAGCGCAGCGCGCUAACCACUACAACUACCCUGCAGAAAAUACACUCACGCGUGCACACACACUCAACAUGUUAUAUGCAUUCAUGGGGGGCAUUGCACUAUAUUUAACAAAUACACAGUCGUCGUGCUGGUGGAGCGUAUUAUACUUGAGGCCAGGCAGGUGCCUUGUUCGUAAAUGUCAAGCCAAGCCUCUCGUGCUCCCUCUAAAGAAGAAGUUGCCCCCUUU